CCGCUCUCGCGUCGGCGGGCGCGCGCCGCCUUUCUCUGGUAAGCGGCCCGGGCUUGGCGGGGCGGGCGGCAAAGAUGGCGGAGCCGAGCGGCGGCGGCGGCGGCGGCGGCGGGCCCGGCCCCGGCGGGGAAGGCGAGGCCGGGCUGGCUGCUCCCGGUGGAGCUGUGAUCCGCGUCACGGUGAAGACCCCCAAGGACAAGGAGGAGAUCGUCAUCGCGGACGGCGCCUCCGUGCGCGAGUUCAAAGAAGAGAUUUCCAGGAGGUUUAAAGCCAAACAGGAUCAGCUGGUUCUGAUCUUUGCUGGGAAGAUCCUGAAGGAUGGAGACACCUUGAACCAACAUGGGAUCAAAGAUGGGCUGACUGUGCACUUGGUCAUUAAGACUCCACAGAAGGUCCAAGACUCCACAUCUGCUGCUUCUGCCCCCAAUGCUGCUUCUGCCCCCACUGCAAACCCCUCCUCUCCUGCUGCCCCCUCCCAGCCCUCCACAUCCAGCGGCGCCGCGCCGGAGGCAGGCAGCGGCAGCAGGCGCAGCAGCGGCUCGGGGACCAUGGGAGGAGGAGGAGGAGGAGGGCCUGGAGAUGGAGGCCCUAACAGUGCAACAUCCAUCCUGUCUGGCUUCGGUGGCAUCACCGGGCUGGGGAACCUCGGCAUGGGCUCUGCCAACUUCAUGGAGCUCCAGCAGCAGAUGCAGAGGCAGCUGAUGUCCAACCCAGAAAUGCUUUCUCAGAUCAUGGAGAACCCUUUGGUGCAGAACAUGAUGUCUAACCCUGACCUGAUGAGACAGAUGAUCAUGGCCAACCCCCAGAUGCAGCAGCUGAUGGAGAGGAACCCUGAGAUAAGCCACAUGCUGAAUAACCCAGAGCUCAUGAGGCAGACGAUGGAGCUGGCUCGGAACCCUGCCAUGAUGCAGGAGAUGAUGAGGAACCAGGACAGGGCCCUGAGCAACCUGGAGAGCAUCCCCGGAGGCUACAACGCCCUGCGCAGGAUGUACACAGACAUCCAGGAGCCCAUGUUCAGUGCAGCCAGGGAGCAGUUUGGCAACAACCCUUUCUCUUCCUUGACUGGGAACUCGGAGAGCUCCAGCUCCCAGCCUCUGAGGACGGAGAACAGAGAGCCCCUGCCCAACCCCUGGAGCCCUACCCCCCCUGCUUCCCAGAGCCAGGCACCCAGCAGUGAGGGGGGCACAGGCUCAGCCCCCACCCAGAGCACCCCCACCGUGUCCAACCCCUUCGGGCUGAACGCUGCCAGCAUCGGGGCUGGGAUGUUUAACAGCCCAGAGAUGCAAGGCCUGCUGCAGCAGAUCUCUGAAAACCCCCAGCUGAUGCAGAAUAUGAUCUCUGCCCCUUACAUGAGGAGCAUGAUGCAGACUCUUGCCCAGAACCCUGACUUUGCAGCACAGAUCAUGGUGAAUGUUCCUCUCUUUGCUGGGAACCCACAGCUUCAGGAACAGCUUCGCCUUCAGCUCCCUGUCUUCCUGCAGCAGAUGCAGAACCCAGACUCCCUGUCCAUCCUCACCAACCCCCGCGCCAUGCAGGCCCUGCUCCAGAUCCAGCAGGGCCUCCAGACACUGCAGACAGAGGCCCCAGGACUAGUGCCAAGCCUGGGCUCCUUCGGCAUGCCCCGAGUGCCCCCAUCCUCCUCGGGAGGAAGCACAGCCCCGGAGAACCCUGCUCCCUCCGCCUCCACGCCGGCCAGUGCCUCUCCAGCUGGGGGUGGGACCCCCCAGCAGCAGCUCAUGCAGCAGAUGAUCCAGCUGCUGGCUGGAGGAAGCUCUCAAGCUCAGAGUCCUGAAGUGCGAUUCCAACAGCAGCUGGAGCAGCUCAACGCCAUGGGCUUCAUCAACCGCGAGGCCAACCUGCAGGCCCUGAUCGCCACCGGCGGGGACAUCAACGCAGCUAUUGAGAGACUGCUGGGCUCCCAGCCUUCCUAAACUCUUCUCCUGCUGCUGCCCAGGCAAAAAGAGACCUCUCUCAUUCUCUCUCUCAUUCU